AUGAGUAGUAGUAGUAGUUGCAACAGCAGUGGCAAUAGUAUAACUAACAAUAACAGAAUAAAUAAUUCUACAACGCUUACAAAUUCGAAUAACUGGAUGAUGAAGAAGGCGACAACAACAAUGAACACGUCUGUAUUCGAUCAUUCUAAUGACGAUAACCAUGGUAACAACAGCAAGAAUAACAAUAAUGAAGCAAUGUCAGGUGUAGUUCGAACUCCUGUUCAUCCAAGAACAACCCUAAAAUGUCCAUUUUGUGAUAAAAUUUUCAGUAAUUCCAGCGCUAUAGCCAAGCAUAAGCUGACACACAGUGAAGAGCGUAAAUAUAUCUGUGGUAUAUGCCAUAAAGCAUUCAAACGUCAAGAUCAUUUAAAUGGUCAUAAAUAUACGCAUGAAAGUCGUAAACCACAUGCAUGUCAUUUUUGUGAUAAAUCUUAUAGUGAUUCACGUUCACUUCGACGACACUAUGAAAAUGCUCACCCUGAAGAGAAUGAACGUUGGAUGUUGUUAUGUCAAGCAACAAAUGGAGAUACAAGCGCUAUAUCUGUUGCUGCUGCCGCUGCUGCAGCUGCAUUAUUAUCUUCAACAACACUGGAAGCAGAUCCAGCAUUAUUAUCUGAGUUAUCUAAUGCAGUGAAUUCGUCAAUAAUAACAACAUCUGGAAGUGGUGAUGGUGUUGGCAGCAGUAGUAAUAGUAGUACUGGUAGUAAUGAAUCACCAUUAACAUUGUUGACUGCUUUAAGCAGUACUUCCACAUCAUCAUCUUCAUCAUUGUCACCUUCCUCAAGUGUAAACAAACUUAUUGAAUUAGGCCAACAAACCGGUCUUUCACCUGCUGCUCUAGUAGCUUUAGUAGCUUCAACUGGGUCUACAUCUAGUCUUUCUUCAAGUAUACAUCGAUUGGAACGUUCUUCUGCCAGUAAAAUAUCUGGUAAUACCAGUUCAACAAAACAGUUAAAACACAUUAGUAACAGUAGCGUCAGUGGGAAAAAUAUUCGUUCAGAUCAUUCAAUGCUUAACAAUUCACCUUCACAUUCACCGCAUUCAUUGGCGUCUUUUUCAAAUACAAUCUCACCAAAUGGUAAUAAUAUUGAUAAUAUGGAUAUUACAGACAAUGAUGAAGUGAUGGUAACAGAUGAACAUGAAUUAUCCGAUACACAAACAUCAGUGACAACGGGACUCAUUAAUGAAGCUGUUAACACAAAUACAACCAGUAAUACUAAUAAUAAUAAUAUUGUUAAAAUCAAUAAUUUCACAUUAAAUCCAAUUGAAGUAGCUAAUGCAGCUAAAGUUGCUUUAUUAAUGGCACAUCCAUUAGAAGAACCAAAACGUGUAGCCUGUGCUAUAUGUCAGAAACGUUUUAAAAAUCAAUCCGCUUUAAAUGGACAUAUGAGAUUACACGGUGGUUAUGGUCCAGCUGGUUUGACUGGGAUAACAACUAAUUCAACAGUUGCAUCAUCAUCAUCGUCAUCGUCAACACAAUCAAAUCAAACUCAUCAUCAUAGAAGUAAUAGUAGUGGUCAUGGUAGCAGUAAAAGUGUCAGCAAACUCACAGAUCCUGGUCCGUAUCGAACAACAUCUAGUAACAACAACAGUGGUAAUAAUAACAAUGUCAAUAAUAAUUCAGAUCUUAAGAAUAAAUCAUCUUCAACACUCACCGAUAUUAGCACAUUGAAAUCAUCCAGUUCACAGUUAUCUCAGUUAGAUACAAUUACGGCUUCUCAUACUAGUCUUGAGUCGAUUUCAUCAGUGAUUACAACAAAUACCAAUACUACAUAUUCUUGUAUUAUGGAUAAUACUUCUUCUUCUACUCCCAAUGUUGAUACUUCUGGCAGUAUAUCCAUCACUGUGACUACUACACCAAGAACAAGAGACUUGACCACGACGACAACAACUGCAGCAAGCAGUUCACUAAAUAAUAAUAAUAAUAAUAUGGACAUAUCGAGUUCCCUGUUUAACUCCGCCAUCGUAUCACAAUCAAAUUCAGAAAAUCUUCAUCCUUCUAAUAAUCAAAGUCAGAUAAACAAUACUUGGUCAUACAUUGCUAAUAAACAGAUAUUAGAAUCAACCUUCAACACAUCAUUACACCAUUCCAAUAUAAGUGGUACUUGCGGUAGCGAUGAUACCAGUGUACCAUUGAAUCGACACAAAUUACAAUUACAAUCUGAAAAUCUAACUAAUAAUAGUAUAUCAAAUCAAAAUUGUCAACAGCUAUCAUUAUAUAAUAGUUGGCUGUCGCCUCAGUUUACUGUAUCCAGUGAAUCGGUUCAUUCCUCUAGUCAACACCAUCAACAUCAGCAUCAAUCGUUACAACAUUUUCAUAUGGAUCUAUCAAAUUUCGAUGAUGUUAUUGACAUAAAUAAGAAGGAUAAUAAUAACAAUAGUAAUAAUAAUAGUGGUUUAACAUCACCUCGACAUCAUGGAUCAAUGGAUGAUGAAUCAUUGUUAAAGUAUAAUCGACGUUUAUCGUUUGUAUGUUCAUCUAAUAUGAAGAUGAUGACAACGACGCCAGGUAUAACUACUUCCACUGUCACAGCCAUUGAUUCAUGUCAUGGUCAUCAAUUCCAUUCAGUCACUACUCCAUCAGUAUCAGCAACAGCAACAUUAUUUGAUAAACAUUGUAUGACAUCAAAAACUACAAGUUUAGCAUCGAUUCAUUGUUUGUCAACUACAAUAACUGAUCGAUUUAAUAAUUCACAGAAAUCAGAAUUACUUGGUCUAAUGGAUACAGAUGAUUGGUGGCAUCCAGAAAUAGGGAAUUCAUUGAAUAGUAGUAAUAAUAUUAAUAAUAACCGUGGUAACAACUCGAAUCGUUCACUGAAUACAAAUUCGUUCGAUCAGAAGUGGUUAUCAUUUGAAAAUAUGACAUCGCUGGAUAGUAAUAAUAAUAAUAAUAAUCCAAAAGGGAUAACCAGUUUUGAGUUGUUCGAUACUUCUGAUCAAAAGCAAACAAUAACUAUCCCACCGAAUAUUCAUUUAGCAUCCCGUCUAAAAUCGGAAAAUAAUCAAUGUCAUAAUUCAUCAGUUUCCUCAAGUUUAUCAGCACCAUUCCUACUCAAUCAGUUGUCGUCAUCAUCAUCAUCAUCAGCAGCAGCAUCUUCAUCCUCAUGUGCUUGGUCAACACAACGCAAACAAACAAAAUCUGGUUUUGUACGUCCAAUACCUCAACCGUUACAGUUAGUUAGUGAAGCUAAUUAUCAACCUCAACUUGGCAUUAGUAGUCAGUAUUCACCGAUUACACCAGCGCCAAUGAAUAUGUCAAUGCAUACAAUUAUUACAGAUUGUGAAACUAUUUCAUCAUCAUCAACAUUAACAACAAUGAAAGCAUCGAACAGUGUGAAUGUUGAUCCUGGUCUAUUUCACAAUGAUGAUGAACAUCAAUACCGACUAAUUGAAGGCAUUGUUGAGUGUAACAAUAAUGCCAAUACCAAGUCAUCAGUGUGUUGUUUCGAUGCUAAUGGCUUGGAUUUAUCACACUUUCCGGAUUCAUUAUUAUUAACCUCAAUAUAUGGUAGCAAUACGACCACUACUACGAAUAGUAAUAAUAAUAAUGACCAUACUAAUUUCAUUUAUCCAGUCGAUGAUAAUUGUAGUAACGAUAAUCUUUGCAAAGCAAUACCGAUUGUAAGCGUUUCUAUGAGUAGUGGUAAAGUUGAUAGUGAUAUUCCAUUAGUGAACUGUGCAAAUCAAAGUAAUGAUCACUUGAUAAAUCUGUCACAGAAAAGAACAGAUACUAAUUUACAACGAUAUCUUCAUCAUCAUCACCCUUCUACUGUACCUCCGCCUCCGCCUCAUCAUAUCCAUCGACAACGUCAAGCUAAUAAUGAUGGUAGUAGCAGCAGCAGUAUCUGUGAUUCACAUGGAGAUUGUUCCGUUUGUUGUCCGAUUCCCAAGUUUAGUAAUCCGUUUGAGUACUCACAGCAUUUGCAUCAACACCAGCAACAACAACCGGAACGUCAAGUUUACCAACGACAACAAUCGCAUAGUCAUCUACCGCAUCAGCAUCAACAAAAUAUAUGCCCAGUUCCUGCUUUGCAGUCAGGUAUCUCAUUAAGCCUAUCCUCAUAUCAUCAUAGUGGUCUGCAGCAACAUCACGAUCAAGGAAGUAGUAAUCACAUUAAUAAUUAUGAUAAUGGUAAUAAUAAUAUAAUUACUCGUCGGAUUACUGACCCAUUUGUACACACCUGUUCCCAAUAUUCUCAUCAUCAACCAACUACUAUAAACCAUCUGGCAGGUUGUUGUCCUCGAAUAAAUAUGACGUCAUCAUCGUCAUCAUGUGCUUCUUCAAUGAUCAUUUCAUCUGGAUUGUCUUCUGUAAGAUCGUCGAAUUUCACGCAUUCAGUUACUUCUGCUAUUGCUGCUGCUGUUACAACUACUACUAGUACUACUGUUUCUCCUAAUAAUGCUAACAAUGAUCAUUAUUCUAGUGCAAAUAACUUUUUUAAUUUUACUUCAGAUCGAUUACACUAUAAGCCAUUACCAUUACGACAACAACAACAACAACAACAACAAGAUCUACAUUCUCAUCUACAUCAACCUCCUACAAUGUAUCAAAUGAUAUCAUCUAAUCGUGGAGUUGAAUCAAGUUCAGAACGUGUUGAAAAUACUCAUUUGUUUAAUGGAUCAGAGUUGAUGUUGAAUAAUAAAUUCCAUAGUGUUGGUAAUCCUUCUCCGCCUAGUCAUCAUCAUUACAAUCAUCCGUGUCAGAGUAAUAACAAUACUAAUCAUAAUUAUAAAAAUUUAUUUACAAUUAAUAAUCAAUCUGAUUCAUUAGUAAAACACACUUAUAGGAAUCAAUGUUGUUUAUCAUGUUUAGAACCGGAGAGGAAACGGCAUAUUUCAGCACCAGUUGCCAAUAUAUCAUCACAAUCUCCUUUCUUAUUAUCAUUGUCAGCUUUAUCAGUAUCCACAUCUUUAUCAUCCUCAUCAUCAUUAUCUUAUUCUCCGUCAUCAUUAUUUUCAUCAUCAACAUUUCCAGGAAAUUUAUCCACCUUACAACGUCCAGUUGCAACGGGUCCGAAAAGUGAAUUUCUGAACAAACCAUGUUUCUGUUUGCAAGAAUGUCAUCAUCAUUAUCAUCAGCAUAGAAACAAUAAUAAUAAUAAUCACCAUUACCAUGAUCAUCAUCAACAACAGCAUAGUCACUGUUGUGCUGGAUUAUCGUCAAAUGAAUUGACAUCAGGAGUAUCUGUCGAACAGCCAUCAAGUGAUACCGUCGCGGAAUUGUUAAUGCAAAGCCACAUUACUGAUCCUGAUGGAUUGUCGUUAACGUGUGAACAACAGAAUUCAUGUCCCACAACUCCAGAUCCACCUUUAACCCCUAUACGAUCAACAACAAGAAUAGUAGUACUGCCAACAAAUGAUCAGUCAUUAUCCACUGAAGAUGAUCAUCAUCAUAAUAAUAAUACUAACAAUACUGAUGAUAAAUAUGUUUAUAGACAUGGGAAUUUGACAAGUCAUAAGUCAAAUAUAUUUUCAUGUAGUAAACCAUCUAUUCCAUCAACAUUACAGUCAUCGCCUCCUCUGCCACAACAUAAACAUCACCAACAUUAUCAACUGCAUCCCUUACAACCACAAUCAUUGUCCUGCCUUUCUUGUGCUGAUUCAAAUAAUGAACAAUACCAGCAACGAAAUUAUUCACAACCACCGCCUUAUCAAUACCAGCAACAACAGCAUCAAAAAUUAUCUGUCAGUUUAAAUUUACCGGUGACUACGUGUUCAAUGUCCAAUUUAAACCAAUUGGACCUAUUGGAUUUGACUGUGACAUCAGUAAUGCAGAAUAUCAAUGAUAAUAAUACUACUACUAUUAAUAAUAAUCAUAACAAUGCUGAUAAUUUAAAGAAUAAUACUGUGGUUAACAGUAUAACGUGUCUUGAUAAUAAUGACCAUAAUACUAGUAAUAAUAAUGUUAUGAGUAAAUAUAUAUCUGAUUCAGACGAUCAUUCAGGUGGUCAUUUAUCAGUUGCAGCGAAAUUAUCAAAAUCCUUAGCUGAAGACAAUCUAUUUCGUAAUCCCAAAGCAUUGCCUCCACCGAAGAAAUUGAAAAGUAAACCAGCGCCUAUAUCUAUUCCUCCACAAACUGGUGCAAAUCUGUCAAGAUUACGUUCCCCACGUGUAUGGAGUUCGAAAGGGUGUUCGCUAGACUCUAGCCCUCCACCAUAUACUCCACCUCCAAUGCUUAGUCCUAAUCGUCAAGGUUCUGGUCUAUUCGCCUCCUUGUCCCGGUGGUCGACAACACCGACAACAUCAGCAUUAACAACCCUCCGGUCUACUGUUGGCUAUAAUAAUACAAUAUUGAAUCGUCGGUACUCCAGUCAUUAUUCAUCUACAGGAGUGGCUGGUACCACUUCAUUAUCGAAUUCGGUUUACAAUGAUUUAGAUAAUCAAAACAAUGCUACUGGUGGUCAAUUGAAACGACGUCAUGCAAGUAGCAGUUGUAGUAGUGGUGGUACAAUUGGGAUUACUGCUUCCAAUCAAAGUAUCAAUACAAUGAUGGACCCAGGUAGCAGUAGUGCUGAUAACCACCAUAAUUAUGAUGGCAAUGGUGAUAAUAUUAAUUCUGGUGCUGUUGACUCCAUUACUGACUCGUAUAUGCGUGAUUUGAAUCGACCAAUAGCGUAUACACGUAGAAGACGUCAACAACUUACACCGAAAUCCGCUCCCGUGUUGAUUCUCAAUCCAAAUACCAAUAAAAAUCAGAUGACUCAGUCAAGAGAUGUUCUUCAAGAAAAUGACUCUAUAAAUCAAUCACAACCACCAAUAUUCUCUAGUAGUGAUACUAUAUUUGGUUAUGAUGAUGAAACUAUGCGUCGAUUCGCUGAAGCAGAUGCUGUUGAUGAAGCCUAUCGAUUAAAUCGACAGAAACAACGUCGUGAUAAUCAUCAUUCACGUCGUCGAUGUGAUACAGAAUCGAAUCUAUCUAAUAUAACCUCAAUCGAUCAUAAAACUGAUACUUUUAAUUCCAAUACUGUUAAUGAUCGCUUGAUUUUUAAUAAAACUGAUCAAAGUUUCAAUUUUGCAGAAGAACAAUUAUUGAAUUUUGACUUUGAAAUGAAAGCAGUUGAAACAAAUUAUUCUGAAGCAACAAGGAUACAAUUUAAUGAAGAUGUUGAUUUCAGUUCAGAAGGCGUACCGACGAGUAUUAUUCCACAUAUUAAUGUUGGUAAUGCCUAUCAGGCUGAUAUUCCUGAAUUUUGUCAAGCACAAGAGUCAACAACAACAACAACACCGGGGAAACAGGAUUCAUCAGAAUGGGAAACUCUGCUAUGGUAUCCAGCUAAUCUUGACGAAGAUGAUCCUAAAAAUAUAGAAUCAUUAAAUCUACUCAUGAAAAUUGCCUGUUCCCCAGCUGUUCGUAAUUGUGGAUUGAAUAUGGAGUAUACAUUUCAUUUAUUAUGUAAAUAUAAAGGUGAUUUAGAGAUGACUUUACACGCUCUACUCCGAGAUACAUUAGUUGUUUACGAUUAUGUUUAUGCUGAAACAACUGCAUGGACAACUGAAGAAAUUGUUCGCUUUCAACAAGGAUUAGCAAUGCAUGGAAGAGAUUUUCAUCAGGUAGCUAAAUACUUACAAGCUGCUGGAAUGAAUAAAACUGUUAAAGCCUGUGUAGAAUUCUAUUAUGUUUGGAAACGAAUGAAUACACCAUCAGAUGUUAAAUGGUAUCGGGAUCGUGCUCGUCGUCAGCGUACAACAACUACUACUACUUCUGCUACACGUAUUGAACCAAUUAUCACAGAGGAGUCAUUGUGUGAACAAUUUGAAGCAAUUGAACAACAAUGUAAUACAUUUACCGAUGUAAAUGCAAUUCAAUCACUGGAGAAUAAUUCAACCACCAACGUGCCUUAUAAUUUACGUCGUAAACACACUACAACUACAUCUGCCACUGUUAGUGGCACUGUCACUACACAACAACUAUCUAUUCCCGUUACAGCUGCCCCGCCACCUUCAGCAAACUCAAGAUUACAUGAAUUGGUCCCUGUGAAUAAUGACAGUAUUAACAAUAAUAAUAGUGGUAAUACUAAUGAUGAUAAUCAAAUGAACAACAAUAGUAAUGACAAUGUUUUAGAGAAUUCCUACGAUGACUUUAUGGAUAUUGUCUUCAAUGAUGAAACUGAACCAAUUGAUGGAUCAGAAUCGUUUAAGUAUAUCACUACUACAGCUGGUGGUGAUGAUGGUGGUGCUUCCACUUCACAAAUCUCAUUCACAUCACCUUCUACAAUAUCAUUAUCAGUAGUUAGUACAUCAAAAUAUCCUGUUGCCCUAUCGAUUACAUCAUCACCAUCAUUACUAACAUCUUCAUCAUCGAUUAUAUCUUCAUCAGUAUUAAUGAUGAAUAGGGAACAAUGUGAAAUAACAGUUUAUACAUGUCAUAUCUGCGAUAAAAUUUUCAAUAAAAUUAAAUCUCGUAAUGCUCAUAUGAAAACGCACAGUGAUAAAAGAUACCAAAAUCAUCAUCAUCAUUAG